AUAUAUAUAAGAUUUACGUCUUUAUAUAUUCUCGAGACAAAAUCCAUUGACCAUGACCAUAAGAACAACCACAGUGCAUAAUUUGCAAUAAUGCACAGUAUAGCCAUGUCUCUAAAGCUUCUUGCAGUGCUGUUUUUGCAGGUGGAAAUGGUAGUAGUAGCAAGUGAAGAUUAUAACACCAACUUCAUCUAUAACAAUGGCUUCCAGUCUUCAAACUUGACCCUUGAUGGUAUCGCGGGGAUAACAACCAACGGUCUUUUAAAACUUACAAACGACACAAAACAAGAGAAAGGUCACGCGUUCUAUCCCUAUUCCGUUACUUUUAAGAACACCACUUCCGGUUUCAAUAACGAAGAAGUUUUUUCUUUCUCAACUACUUUUGUUUUCGCAAUACGGUCUCAAUACCCAACUCUGAGUGGCCAUGGGAUUGUUUUCGUGAUUGCGCCGCAGAGAGGGCUUCCGAAUUCUCUACCAAGCCAGUACCUCGGCCUCUUCGACAAGACGAACAAUGGAAACGCAACCAAUCAUGUGUUUGGUGUGGAACUUGACACCAUUCUCAGCACAGAGUUCUCUGAUAUCAACGAUAACCAUGUUGGAAUCGAUAUAAAUGAUUUGAAAUCAGCACAGUCACAACCUGCAGGGUAUUAUAGUAAUUCCGGUUUCAAGAAUUUGAGCCUUAUCAGUGGCUACCCUAUGCAAGUGUGGGUGGAAUACGAUGGUGUGAAGAAGCAAAUUGAUGUUACUUUAGCACCAACCAACGUUGAAAAGCCGAAAAAGCCCUUAUUAUCAUUGACCAAAGAUCUUUCACCGAUUCUAAACAAUACCAUGUAUGUUGGAUUCUCUUCCUCAACCGGUUCAGUUUUAACUUCCCAUUAUGUUCUUGGUUGGAGCUUUAAGAUCAAUGGCCAAGCUCAACCGCUUCUUAUUUCUCAACUCCCAAAGCUUCCAAGGCUAGGUGAAAGAAAGGAAUCAAAGGCUCUCACUAUUGGGGUACCUAUGAUUUCACUCACUGUGGUGUUCGUGGUGAUUCUAGCAGUGAUUUAUUUCAUAAGAAGAAAGAAGAAGUUUUCGGAGUUGGUUGAAGAUUGGGAAAUGGAAUACGGUCCUCACAGGUUUAAGUACAAAGAUCUUUACUUUGCAACAAAGGGGUUCAAGGAGAAGGAACUUUUGGGAAGUGGUGGAUUUGGAAGGGUCUACAAAGGUGUGAUGCCAGCUUCUAAGGUUGAGGUUGCUGUGAAGAGGGUGUCCCAUGAAUCUAGGCAGGGGAUGAGGGAAUUUGUGGCAGAGAUUGUUAGUAUCGGCCGCCUCCGCCACCGCAAUCUGGUUCCUCUCCUCGGAUACUGCCGUCGUAAAGGGGAGUUGCUUCUUGUCUAUGACUACAUGCCCAAGGGAAGCUUAGACAAGUAUCUGUAUAACCAACCAAGAGUCACCCUCAAUUGGAACCAAAGGUUCAUAAUCAUCAAAGGCGUUGCUUCAGGUCUGUUCUAUCUACACGAAGAAUGGGAGCAAGUAGUGGUCCAUAGAGACAUAAAAGCGAGCAAUGUAUUACUAGAUGCAGAAUUGAAUGGCAGGUUAGGUGACUUUGGUCUUGCAAGGUUGUAUGACCAUGGAAGUGAUCCUCAAACCACACAUGUUGUCGGAACACUUGGAUACCUUGCACCUGAGAACACCAGAACCGGUAAGGCCACUACAAUGUCUGACGUAUAUUCUUUCGGCGCAUUUCUUCUUGAAGUUGCCUGUGGAAGGAGGCCAAUAGAGCUAGUAGAUGAAUCUGAGAACUCAAUACUGGUUGAUUGGGUUUAUAGUUGUUGGAAAAAUGGUGAGAUUCUUGAGGCGAAGGAUCCAAAUUUUGGCACAGAUUAUAGAGCAGAAGAGGUUGAACUUGUGUUGAAACUUGGUUUGUUGUGUUCACAUUCUGAGCCCAUGGCUAGGCCAAGCAUGCGGCAAGUUGUUCAGUACUUAGAAGGGGAUUUUCCUCUUCCUGAUUUGCAUUUGCUUAGUUUGUCUUCAACAGGGUUAACAUUUGGGCACUAUGUAGAGGAUUUUCAAGAGUUUCAAUUGUCUUAUCCCUCCUCUUCUACUAGUAAGGCAUUUUCCCGUGAUACUACUACUACUACUACAUCAGUUGCUGCAUCACUUCUCUCUGGUGGUCGUUGAUUUGAUUCAAGGCACAUUAGAUGGACAUGUUCUAUUUCAUUGUAGAGUAUCUUCUUUAUUAUUGUGCCAAAUUUUGAGUAUCAACUGAUCAAGCACUUUCCCAGCAUUUGAGACUGAGAUUGGUUUAUAGCAUUAUAGAGUUAUUGCUUGUUGCAUAUAAAUUUGUCAUCGACUCAUGGGGUUUCUUAUUCUA